AUGGACCGUUGGUUGAAAAGUGGGUCUAUUAAUAAGACGCCUGCUACGGAGUCAUCUUGUUCUAAUAUAGAAGAAAGCAUAACCAACGAAGACGGAGUUAAUGAUAAUAGUCCUACUUCUCAAGGUAUGAGUAGUACACUACCGCCAAAUACUGGUGACUCUGUCCCAAGAACGUCCAAAAAACGUAAAUACGAUGAAAGUUAUUUGGAGAUGGGGUUCAUAGAAAUAAACGAUGGCCAGCCACAGUGCGUAAUUUGUUCAAAAGUUUUUCCUAACAGUUCUAUGUAUCCCGGAAAAUUACGUCGUCAUUAUGAAAAGGUCCACACAGAUCAUAAUGGGAAACCACUCGAUUUUUUCAAACGAAAGCGCUCUGAGCUAUUGGCUGUUAAAAAAAAAAUAAAAAAGCACGUUCUAACCGAUAAUGAAAAUGCAUUGAAAGCCUCCUACAUGGUGAGUUACCGUAUAGCUCAAAAAGGCGAAGCUCAUACCAUUGCGGAGACCCUCAUAAAACCAUGUGUUAUUGAUAUAGUAACUUGUAUGCUUGAUGACAAAUCUGCCAAACAUUUAUCCAUAAUUCCUUUGUCAAAUAAUACUGUUGCACGGCGAAUUGAAGAUUUGGCUAGCAACGUAACAGAAACACUUGUCUCUCGUAUUAAAUACACAAAAUUCGCACUACAAAUGGACGAAGCAACCGAUAUUGCUGGUCUUGCUGUGCUAUUGGUGUUCGUUCGUUACGUAAACAUGAACUCUUUUGAGGAAGAUCUUUUAUUUUGUAAAUCACUUCUAUCUAAUACGACAGGGGUUCAAAUUUUCGGUUUAUUGGAUGAUUUUUUAACAGAAAAUCAGAUUCCAUGGACAAACUGUAUCGAUGUAUGUACUGAUGGUGCUAGGGCCAUGACAGGUGCAACAGCUGGAACAUUAGCUAAAAUAAAGAAGAAAUCAAAUGAAACUAUUNGCUAA